AUGUUACCCUACGCGUCCCUCACUUUCCUCUCCAUCGCGACAACCGCAACCGCCGCCUGUUCCCGUUCCACACUACAGUCCGCCACCACCGCCCUCCUCGCCGCCCAAACCGCCGGAAAUCUUUCCGCCCUCCCCCUCUCCCCAAACACAUCCUACAUCGAGAACGAUGCCGCCCUCGCACUCUCCUCUUCCAUCCUCACCAAAUCUGUCCCCAUCGACCUCUCCCGCUCCCUGCACGACACCACCCUCUGCGCCACCUUCACCGAGAUAAUCUCCGCAACCGGGUCACAUCCCUAUGUCAUUAUGACACGCAUGCUGUUCACCGCGGACGGGGCCGCGAUAUCGCGCAUUGAGAACAUAGUCGCGGACAAGGGAGAUUGGCUGUUCAAUGCGCAGGCGAGCCUGAGCAAGGCGAAAGACGAGGUAUGGGUUGAUAUCCCGGAGGGGAAGAGGGAUGCGCGAGAUGUUAUACAGGCGGCGGGGGAUAAGUAUCUGGAUAGUUGGUCGGACGGGAAGGUCAGCGUACCGUACGGGAGUCCGUGUGCGAGGUUGGAGGGCGGGAGCUACACGACGAAUUGCAAGAUGCCGGAGUUUCCAAAGGAGUUCAAGGAUGCCGGAGGUGCGAAGAAUCGACGCUAUGUUGUGGAUGAAGAGGUUGGAGCUGUGAGUAUCUUCAAUGACUUCCCGUUUUUGGAUCCGAAGAAGCCGAAUGGGACGAGUAGCACGAAUUUUGUGAGAGUGGAGGGCGGGAAGAUCAGGUAUAUCCAUGAGGUUACUAUCUGCACGCAGAACAACUGCGGGAGAUGAUGAGCGAAGGUGUGGAAGAGACGACUGUUUGAAUACCGGUAAUACUGGUAUCCCCCACCUGAGUGAUACCAUACAGGCAUUUCAAUUGAACGACUGUUCCGGAGAUUGGCUUCGUCGCUUACUCGCAACCCACUGUCAUGCGUAGAUCCCGG